AUGCAGCAAGCCUACAGUGCUGCUGUGCACACCCAGUGGCAGUGGAUCAAGCAGCUGUGCCUGUGCGUGGAGCAGCACGUCAAGGAGAACGCUGCCUAUUUCCAGUUCUUCAGCGACGCCCGGGAGUCGGAGACGUACCUGCGCAACCUGCAGGACUCCAUCAAAAGGAAAUAUUCCUGCGACCACAACACGAGCCUGACACGGCUGGAGGACCUGCUGCAGGACUCCAUGGCACAGGAUGAGAAGGAGCAGCUGAUCCAGUCCAAGAGCUCCGUGGCCAGCCUGGUGGGACGCUCCAAGAGCAUCGUGCAGCUGCGGCCCAGGAACCCAGAGCACGCCGUGAGGAGCACCAUCCCCAUCAAGGCUGUCUGUGACUACAGGCAGAUCGAGAUCACCAUCUGCAGGAACGACGAGUGUGUCCUGGAGGACAAUUCCCAGAGGACCAAGUGGAAGGUGAUCAGCCCCACAGGGAACGAGGCCAUGGUGCCUUCUGUCUGCUUCCUGAUCCCCCCACCCAACAAAGAGGCCAUCGAGAUGGCCAACAGGGUGGAGCAGCUGUACCAGAAGGUGAUGGCUCUCUGGCACCAGCUGCACAUGAACACCAAGAGCCUCAUCUCCUGGAACUACCUGAGGAAGGACAUAGCCCUGGUGCAGAGCUUCAGCAUGGAAAAGCUGAGAUCCUUGGCUCAGGGGGAGUGUCAGCAAGCGCUGAAGAGCCUGCAGGGCCACUACGAGGAUUUCCUGCAGGACAGCCGCGACUCAGAGCUGUUCUCCGUGUCGGACCGGCUGCGCCUGCAGGAGGAAGUGGAGUCUUCCAAGGAACACAUCCGGCAGCUGCUGGAGUCCAUGGAGAACGGUGAGCCCCAAAGGGCCUGCUGCUUCCACCAGGAGCUGUGCGAGCUCAUAAACAAAGGAUUUAUGGCAUGGCUUCGUGCUCUCCUUUCCCUGAGCUAGCUGGUUGAUGGUGUG